AUGUCAGACCCAUCUGUACUGCAAGCCCCAGCAGCCAAGCAACAAGAGAGAGAGAUCGUUAAGCAAGCACUUAAUCAGAACCAGAUUAUCUAUAAAUUGUCGAAACCAAAGGAGACACAGAAGCCCAUGCUCUCCAAUGCAUGGGCUCAUGCCGAGGCCAAGGCACGAUGCCUCAAAGAGGAUAGAUUGCCCAAUCUUCUGUACAAGGAUGAAUACCUUGAGAUCCUUUGUGAUAUUAAUGAGAAGAAUAUCACAUAUGAAGAUAUGCAAAACCCAAUGACCCCUACAGAUGAAUACUAUGCAGACAUCAUCCUAGAGGGCGUCAUGGUUAAAAGGCAGAAUCAGGCAUUGAAGCAAACAGUGAUCUCACCUGAGUUGUCCAUGAACUCCAUUGUGACACAUGCACGAAACCAAAUAUUAAAUGCAAUAUGGGAGUACAAGCCCGCCUCAUGGAGACAUGAGAACAAGCUGUGGUCAAGGGUUACAGGCAAAAAGCAGUUGACAUGCACUCUGACCUGGCCUUGGCAACAAGGGAAAGUCUCCAAUUACUUGAAUAUGACUAUCAAAUAUGGUGUCGAGAUUGACAUGACUGAUUAUCCAGGUGGUAGACUGAUUGAGUCAAAGUACUGUAAUGCUGCUCAUCUGGGGCAAGCGCUGGGUGGAUGGAAGGGUGGUCGGAUCAAGUGGGUUCGACUGAUGGCGAGUCAAGUGGAAAAGAAGCGUGAACAACUUGAGGCGCUUAUGUACAUCAAUGAGUGA